UCGCUUCACUUUCCUUAUACACCAGUUUGUUUACGUUGUAGGUGCAGGCGUCGAGGGUUCCCUACUGGUGUCUCCUCUCAUCCACACGUAUCUCACCCAAUAUUACUCCUCAAUAUAGUUACUAUACAACAUGGGGACCCGUGUGGGAGGUGGCCUUCACUUCUCGGACAAGUCGUUGGUUGGUGUUUCAAGACUCCUGGAAGAUCUCCAACAUUUAUUGGAAGACAAAGACUCUGCCGAUAUUAUUUUUGUUGUAGGGCGGGAAGAAACGCACAUCGCUGCACACAAACUCAUCCUCAAAGCAAGGUGCAAAAGUUUUGUGGAGGCAUCAGGUAGCGAGGUUUGUGCAAUUCCUGGCAGCACGGUGACGCCUGGAAGUCCUCACACCACCAUCCGCCUGCCACAGUACCAACCCAACGUAUUCCGUCAAGUUAUCAAUUAUAUAUAUACUGGCAAGGUAGUAAUGAGUGAUAGCGGUGUCUUUGAGGUUUAUGGUGUUGGUCACGAUCUGGGCUUGGAAGAACUCUGUCAGCAUUGUGAGGACCACAUUGCCACGACUAUGACGCCUCAUAAUGCCUGUACGUUUCUUAUGGCUGCACUCAAAAUGGAGCAGCGCACAGGAGGUAGUAAAGGUAGCCGCUCUUUUGUUGAUCGAUGUGUUGCACACAUUGGGGAAAAUGCCUUGGAAUGUAUGCAGACAUCAUCUUUCCUCAAUCUAUCCCGUGAGGCACUGAUCAGACUAAUCUCCUCUGAUAAUCUUGCGCUAGAGGAGGAGGACGUGUGGCGUGGUGUGUUAAACUGGGCUAAGUAUGGAGCAGGUGUUGCACAGCCCACCCCACACUGGACAGAGGAGGAAAGACUGAGAGUGUGCCAACAGCUGCAGGGAGUUAUCAAUCAUGUGCGCCUUCUCCUUAUUGACAGCCAAGUGUUUGCUGAGGAAGUAGAACCAACAGGUGCCGUACCCAUGGAGUUGUCUUUAGAGCGGUACAGAUAUGCAGCUCUUCCCAACAAAUUCAAAGAUAACUCUACUAAUGAAGAUAAACGACUUCAGCCUCGUGUGUCGCUCAAACUGUUUGCUGGAUCGCAAAUACUUAUUAAUGAUAAAAUGUCACUGCAACGUGUGUUGAACAGCUGGUAUGGUGCAAACAAACAAAUGUGGCGGCUUGUGUAUCGAGCUUCCACCCAUGGCUAUUCUGCUGAUGCAUUUCAUCGCCACUGUGACGGUGUUGCUCCAACAUACACUAUUGUUAUGGGUCAGCAUGGUGAAAUAUGCGGAGGUUUUAGUGAUGUACCUUGGGGCAAGACAACAAUGAAGGGGCGCUAUGUGGCAUCUGACAAGGCAUUCCUUUUCACUCUUGUUAAUAAUCAAGAUAUGCCCCCUGCCAAAUUUCCUGUAGUUAAAAAGAUGUUUGCAAUAUGCUACCACCCUGAUUGUGGACCCAUAUUUGGUGCUGGGGCUGAUCUCUUCAUUGCUGGAAAUUGCAAUCAAAAUCUUGAAAGUUAUUCCAAUCUUCCGCAUUCAUAUGAUGGUGAAAAUGCGUCAUGCAAUACGCUAAUGAGCGAUUAUAAUUUUACUGUAUUAGAUUAUGAAAUAUUUACCCCUUACGGAAAGUGAGGGAAAGAAAUUCAUUUCUUUCCAGUGGGUAACUUUCAUUUUUUAACAUUUAAUGUUUUAUUAUUUGCUAGUGAUGGCAUGGCAUAAAGAUAUCAUGCUUGUUGUGCAGCUUUAGGUAAAUGUUGUCACCCCAAAACUGUGAAGAGCCGAGAGGAAUUUGCCUGUGAUGGUGUGCUCAGAUUUGGGUUCUGUAGCAUCAUAUUUGCCGAUUUGCUGCUGGGUAACUUUCCCACCGUCAGUUGUGGUGUCACCAUGUGGAAACACUACAGCCGAUAUUUGUGAAUUAGCUAUGUAUGCCUGAUAUUUUAUAUGUAAAUAAAGCAUAAAUUUAAUUUAAUUAUAAGCUGAAAUUGUUGCCUAACUUAAUAUCGUAACACUAAAACUUUAAUUUUUAUUGUUUUAAAAUUUUUAUUAUUUACUGUAAAAUAUAUUUUGUAAUAAAUACAGGUUUGAUGGCCAGAUUUUAAUUAUUUCAUUAUUAAUAUUAUUAUUAUUUUUCCAGAAAGUUCAUUCGUAAUUUUAAAAACUCUACCUUGGUAGGAAAUUUAGUUUAUACCAGAGCCAUUAUUGGAUGCAUUGCAUCUGGUUCAGAAUGCUUAUCCUGAUGGCUUAGCUUGAAGUAUACAUCGGUGUGACAUAAUUAGGUGUAUAAUAAAGUACAGUAAUAUUAAUAUUGUAUUUUGUUGGUAAGCACUUAAAUGAAAGGUGUCGCUAGAAUUGUUGUUUGUAGGAUAUUCCUUGUGGAAGUUUUUGGUUUUCAUGUAUCUUUUUAUAAUAUUUAUAAUAAAUCAUAAAUUUCUUUGGAUUAAGAUUUAUACAAAUUCAGACACUUUCUGUAAGUUCAGUCAUACUACCUGUUGAAGAUUUCAGGGAUCAAUAUCCCUGCAAUCCGGUCAUCUUCUUGAGGUAAUCUUGAUGAUUUUGGGGCUUAGCGUCCCUGCGGCCCGGUCCUCGACCAGGCCUCCUUUUUUGUUACACCCCCCAGGAAGCAGCCCGUAGCAGCUGUCUAACUCCCAGUUAGCUAUUU